AUGCCUGCAGAAUCCCACAGGCCGCCCUGCGGUGAGGAUGCGUCUAGCUCGGGCGGUCACAAGGAAACAUACCCAACAGCGACAGACACAAUAAAUCGGUUAGGCCAGGGCCACAGUGACAUGGCGGAAGCGCCGCGUCCGACUGUGCGGCCUCAGGGCCAAGCCAUGACCCAAGUCCCCAAACUGCUCCCUAACCUACCUAUCUACUCUGCCCCUUCGUCAACUUGCAACUCCACCGUCUCGUCUCGUGAACCUUCCCCGGUCCGAACAUCCUCACGAAAAGCCAAUUCUGUGUCGGCCACCUCUGCAUUAUCUCACAAGCGAAAAACGAGCCACGACCGCGUCAGUCCCAGUCGACCCUUGAACAACGCCCACCCUUCAAGCCGUAUUCCGCCUCCUUCACCGAGCCCGCGUGCUUCUCCAACACCUGCGCCAACGCCAACCCCCCAAACUCUCCUUCCCUCACCUGCCCUGCCCGAACCAUCAGCCAAUGUACCCAACACAGAAAAGCAAAACAUGCCACCUUGGGCGGGGAACCGACGGGUGGAGCAGGACUCAACCGCUUCAAACAUUUCGCACAAAAGAGCCUCCCCAUCGUCAACAGAAGACCUCAGCAAGUUAGAGCGCAGCAACCACCGGCCAGCAGCAAGGGGCAUCGGCGGGCAAGCUCUGUCGUUAGAGACAGUGCAGGAAAUGGCCAGUGACCCAUCUACACCGUCUAGCGAGAACGAGUUGAAGCCGACAACCCCGGACGAUGCACGAUUGCACACGAUCGAUGAGGACACAACACCACGGGCCUCACGGCAUAACACAGAGAGUGGCAGUGAUUCUGGCGGUCCGCCCGUUAUCAAAGAAGAAAAACUACCGGCCCCAGCCAUGGGUGCGGUGAAGACACCGCGAACCAUCAUGCCGCAGCGUUCUUCCGCAUCUUUGAGUACCACCGCGCGACCCAAGCCUGCAGAUGGAUCCGUCCGAAAUAUGAUUGUGGAGACGGAAACGGUCACCUCUAUCCCGCAGGUUUCUUUGGGUGUUGUCCCUGGAGAGCGGGGAGGUACCAUCCGUGCCGAUCCUAGUACACUGCGUAUGAAACCCUCCACGGAGACGAUUCGGCCACGAAAAGAUAAGAAAAAGAGUCGUCGGUCCAAUCACCUGACCAAUGGCCCGGGCACCAGCAAAGCUGACAUCUUCGAAGCCAAAGUGGCCAGUGCCGUCGAUGAAGCUGACGUUUCUGAUUCCGAUGAGACCUUUGUGUACGAAUCCAAUCCUCCUGAUCCGUAUCCGCCUCGUCAGAGUCGGUAUCAUUCGCGGACCCCGAGUGCCACAUCGAUGGCCAGUCAAGUGGACCAGUUGGCGGGUCGAGCCCGCGGGGCCAUGCGAGAUGGCUCGCAUAGCGUGACCGGGAAACGCAGCAUGAAGUUCACCAACAAUACAUAUAACAGCAGUAUUGAUGGUGAAGCUCCCGAAGCGGAUGGCAGUCGAACGGGCGGUCGAGUAGACGGCAGUGGCACGUUGACGCCUCGACACCACCACGUUGGCCGCCAUGGACGCAACGGCGUAUAUCCCUCUCUCUUUGAUGGAGAUGGGCCCUUUCCUCCGCCACAAGGUCAAAUGAAAUCGCCUCGGCAUUUCAUUGGCAGUGGUUACCGUCAUUCUCGCAAUAGCAACACACGCUCCUCUCCAAACUAUAAAAGCACCGGCAGCAAAAGGGCCGGUGACCUAUAUGAUUUCGAUGCCGAAGGUGCUGAUGAUGAACGAACCCCUCUAGUGGGCUCUACACGGACCUCCCGCAGUCGCCACGGUCGACGUCCGGGUAGUGCCAGUCUCAGGCAGAUGGAAUACAUGGCUCAGCGUGAGAGGGGGUGCCUCUCUCGAUACGGGUCUUGUGUCAUCUUUCUCCUGAUCAUGCUCCUUGUCGCUGGAGGCGCUGCCUCGUUUAUCACUGCCGCCACAAAGACCCUCGUGGACGUUCAGAUCGUUGAGAUCCAGAAUGUCUUGGCUUCAGAGCAAGAGAUCAUGCUUGACCUACAAGUCGAGGCGGUCAAUCCGAACAUUUUUCCGGUGACCAUCGAGGAUACCGAUAUCAACAUCUUCGCCAAGAGCCGACAUGUGGGCACCGAUAGCUCGUGGACCGACCAUCCAUCUGCCGGUGCCACUUCUCGCGCUCCACGCGUCGAGCGAAGUCGCCGGCGAUGGUAUCUCUCUCAAUUGGUCAAGUGUCUAGGUAACACUGACUGUGCAGAGCAAGCCAUGGAUCUUUACUCUAAGGGACAGACUGGUAGGAGUGGUGGCGGUGGUGUUGAUAAGGGCACAGAUCCCAUCAAUGAUCCGGAGAGUGACUCGCAAACCAUGCUCUUGGGACGCGUCUAUCACUUCGACUCGCCGCUCUCGUUUGAAGCAUCUCCCUGGGGUCGUAUGCUGUCUGUCUCAAAGGGCCAAAUUCGACUCACCCACCCUGGCAACAAAACCGAGGCCGGCGGCACCGAGCGAUGGGAGCGUGUUCUGCAGCAUCCGUUCGACCUGAUCGUGCGCGGUACAGUAAAGUACCAGCUGCCUCUGAGCACGCGCUACAAUUCAGCCUCGAUCAGUUCGAGUGUCCGUGUGAUUCCCGACGACGACAACGAUGAUACCGGCGGGCCCAAAGAUCCCAAUGUCACCGACACGCCUGUUGCACCAUCACUCCAAACAUCUUCUUCAAGCAAACAGCCCUCUUCGACCCAUGUUGAGGAGACUGACGAUACCCCCUUAGACCACGCCUCUGAGACACGGCGUCGACAGCUGGUCGCGUGA